AGGCCCUCAAUAAACUUUAUUGACAACACGCUGUCACUCACAAGACCUGGUUGCUAUGGCGGAUGCGGCGGUGCAGGCCUCCACCCAACCCCGACUCCAGCAGCCCCAGCCCGGCAAUGUAGCCGGGUCGAACCUGAACUCGGGGUCGGGGUCGGGGUCGGGGUCGGGGUCAGGUAAUAGCGACCCAGCCAGGCCUGGUCUCAGCCAGCAGCAAAGAGCAAGUCAGAAGAAGACGCAGGUCAGGUCUUUCCCGCGGGCGAAAAAAAUGGAGAAACUCGGCGUGUUCUCAGCCUGCAAGGCCAGUGAUUCCUGCAAGUGUAACGGCUGGAAAAACCCUCACCCUCCGACAGCCCCGAGGAUGGACCUGCAGCAGCAGCAGCCGCAGGCGGCGAGCCUCGGGGAACAGUGCCGUAGCUGUGGGCACACUCUGGCGGCUCACGUUUCCCACUUGGAGAAUGUGUCUGAAGACGAGAUUAAUCGACUGCUAGGAAUGGUGGUGGACGUGGAGAACCUCUUUAUGUCUGUUCAUAAGGAAGAAGAUACCGAUACAAAACAGGUUUACUUCUACCUGUUUAAGCUGUUGAGGAAAUGUAUCCUACAGAUGAGCCUUCCUGUCGUAGAGGGAUCUCUGGGCAGCCCUCCGUUCGAGAAGCCAAACAUUGAACAGGGAGUUUUAAACUUUGUGCAGUACAAGUUUAGUCACCUUCCCCCAAAAGAGAGGCAAACGAUGUACGAACUUUCUAAAAUGUUUCUGCUGUGCCUCAAUUACUGGAAGCUGGAAACCCCUUCGCAGUUUCGACAGCGGUCUCAGAACGAUGACGUGGCAGCCUACAAAGUGAAUUACACCAGGUGGCUGUGUUACUGCCAUGUCCCUCAGAGCUGCGAUAGCCUGCCCCGCUGUGAGACCACGCAGGUCUUUGGAAGGAGCCUCCUCAAGUCCAUCUUCACCAUCACCCGCAGACAGCUGCUGGAGAAGUUCAGAGUGGAGAAAGACAAGCUGGUCCCGGAGAAACGCACUCUUAUCCUCACUCAUUUCCCAAAGUUUCUUUCCAUGCUGGAAGAAGAGAUUUAUGGGGAGAACUCCCCAAUCUGGGAAUCUGAUUUCACAAUGCCUGCUGCAGAGGGAGCACAGCUGGGGCAUCAAUCAGCAGUUUUAAGCCCAGUGGCAGUUCCCAGUGCGUCUUCGUUCACCAAAAGCAUGAGCCACAGCUCUUCACUGGUUUCCAUGACGCAUGGUGCAGUGGUUUCUGAACCAAUACCAGGAGAGAAAAGGAAACUCCCAGAAACUCUGACCUUGGAAGAUGCCAAAAGGAUCCGCGUGAUGGGGGAUAUUCCAAUGGAACUGGUGAACGAAGUGAUGAUGACCGUUACUGACCCUGCUGCAAUGCUGGGCCCUGAGACAAGCUUAUUGUCUGCAAAUGCAGCGAGAGACGAAACUGCGCGUCUCGAAGAGAGGAGAGGGAUAAUCGAAUUCCACGUCAUAGGAAACUCGUUGUCUCAGAAAUCAAAUAAAAGGAUCCUGAUGUGGCUAGUUGGUUUGCAGAAUGUCUUCUCCCAUCAGCUCCCGAGAAUGCCUAAAGAGUACAUCACCAGGCUUGUUUUCGACCCGAAACACAAAACGCUGGCAUUGAUUAAAGACGGCCGUGUGAUUGGAGGGAUCUGUUUCCGAAUGUUCCCCACUCAAGGUUUCACGGAGAUUGUGUUCUGCGCUGUAACUUCAAAUGAGCAGGUCAAGGGGUACGGAACUCAUUUGAUGAACCAUCUGAAGGAGUAUCACAUAAAGCACGGCAUUUUAUAUUUCCUCACGUACGCUGAUGAAUAUGCUAUUGGAUACUUCAAAAAACAGGGGUUUUCCAAAGAUAUAAAAGUUCCAAAAAGCCGUUAUUUGGGGUACAUUAAGGACUACGAAGGCGCCACCCUGAUGGAAUGCGAGCUCAAUCCGAGGAUUCCAUACACGGAACUCUCGCACAUCAUCAAAAAGCAAAAAGAGAUCAUCAAGAAACUGAUAGAAAGAAAACAAACCCAGAUUCGUAAGGUUUAUCCCGGUCUGACUUGCUUCAAGGAAGGGGUGCGCCAGAUUCCUGUAGAAAGUAUACCUGGUAUAAGGGAGUCUGGAUGGAAACCCAGUGGAAAGGAGAAAGGUAAAGAGUUGAAGGACCCAGACUUGCUGUACAACACGCUGAAAAACCUGCUGGCACAGAUCAAGACCAAUCAGAACGCUUGGCCGUUCACGGAACCAGUAAAGAAGGCAGAGGCCCCAGACUAUUACGAGAUCAUUCGUUUUCCUAUAGAUUUGAAGACCAUGACCGAGCGUCUCAAGAACCGGUACUACGUGACCAAGAAGCUGUUCAUCGCGGAUCUGCAGCGCAUCAUAACCAACUGUCGAGAAUACAACCCCCCCGACAGCGAGUACUGCAAGUGUGCCAACACUUUGGAAAAGUUCUUCUACUUCAAACUGAAAGAAGGCGGCCUUAUUGAGAAGUGAGGGGAGGAAAAAAAAAAACGUGACGCUGAAAUAAAUGCCCGAAGCUUGCGUUUUGUAUUUUGGAAAUGCACUUUUUCGAAGGGCCGUCAAGUUGACUUUUUAAUUCUGGAGGAUCAUCGUUUGAUCAUUUCUCUUUGGGAGCGCUGGCUCUGUCAACAAAGGAAUUCUGACGCGAUAGUACACAAGCACAGGAAGAAAUGUGACAAGUGGUGGUUUUUGUUUUUUUUUUUUUCAGGACACCUGAUUUUUUUUUUUUUUUUUGUGUUUUUAUAGUGGUGUCUGCAUCAUAUUCUGUUAUUGAUAUACUGUAUACACGUGUUUCAAAAAAAGCUCCUGUGAAUUUUGACAUGUGUUGCACACUCCUGGUUCCUUGGGCAUUAACCAUUAUCUGCUCUGGCAUUUCACAAUGCAGUUGUAGAGUUGUCGUAUUUUUAUUUUUUUUUAAUUUCAAAUAAGCUGCUUGUGGUAAUGCUGCAUUAAACACGCUUGGGUUUGACAAGCUGGGGGGAUUGUUAAGUAGUUCAUUCAAUAAGAAACAGGGCAAUACUUGAAUUAAUUAGGUGUCUUUGUUGUGAAGCCAUUGUUUUGUACAGGGUUACUAAAGUCUUUAAUCCAUUAAAAUUUCAAGAAAGUG